AUCCAAAUGUACAUGUGCAACGAUCGAAUGCCCAAUCUGAGCGUGCAAUGGGUAUAGCGAAAAUCGUUCAUUUGGGUGGAAUUGUUCAAGGUCGAAUUGAUGCUGUAUUAGAUACUUUAAUAACAAAACAUAUGCAUACAAUUACAACGUUUGCCGAAUAUUAUUUUAUGUCAAAUGUAAAUAAAGAAGUCAAAUCAAGAUUAGUUCGCGAGCAAUGGAAGUGUCGAAGCCACAAUCGUUCGUAUUAUCAACAAACUCCAAGUGAUGAUGUUAUACGGCGUUUGAACAAGACACAAAUCGUUCCAAUAAUAAUUAAUCAAGAUUUGAACUUAUCGGAAUGGGAAUUAUAUCCAUCAAAUAAUUAUAUUCAUGGAAUUCUUUUAUGUAUUUCCGCGAUUACCGUUUGGCGAACAAAAAUUAUGAAAUUAGGUAAUAAUUUAAUCAAGAAUAUCAUGUCAAAGAGUAAAGUAACUAAAGAUGAUAUUAAUCAAAUAAAAAGUUAUCUUGAUUUAAAAGAUUUAUAUAGUAAUGAGAAUCAAUCGGCAAGAAUUAUUUUACUUUUACAACAUGUGAGUAAUUCGUUUUCACGUUCGUUUUUUGGUAAAAAAGAGCUGAUAUGUCUAUAUUAUCAGCCGUUUUUCAGUGUACUUAAAAUUAGCAUAUAUAUCUCAUGUAAUACAUAA